AUGUCGCCACCUGCGUCCGAUACCAAACCUACGCGCGAUGAAGGCACACGAACCCAAGUCCUCCUCGCCGGAGCCUGCGCUGGUCUGAUCUCACGCUUCUGUAUCGCCCCACUCGAUGUCCUGAAGAUCCGUCUACAGCUCCAGUAUCACUCUCUUGCCGAUCCGCUAUCUGGGCCCGUUCGCCGACCGCCGUCUGGUGUGCUACGGUUGGCAAGGGAUAUCUUCCGUCAUGAAGGCAUCACGGGAUUCUGGAAGGGUAAUAUACCCGCUGAAGGACUAUACCUGAGCUAUGGAGCUACGCAGUUCUUGGCGUACAGGAGUGCGAAUCAGGUACUGGAAGGAAUGGAGGAGUCUGCCAACGUGAAACUGCCGGGAGCUGUGCGAAGCUUCGUCUCGGGUGCGGUAGCAGGCACCGCAGCGACUACCAUGACCUACCCACUCGAUCUGCUUCGCACGCGUUUUGCGGCGCAGGGCACAGAACAGGUCUAUGCCGGCCUUCUAGCAAGUCUCCGCGACAUCACCCGCCUCGAAGGACCAAAAGGCUUCUUCCGUGGCCUACCAGCUGGGAUUGCACAGAUCAUACCCAAUAUGGGCCUCUUCUUUGCUUUCUAUGAAGGUUUCAAACCGCUCGCAGCGGACAUCCACCUACCGUUCGGGUCUGGAGACGCUGUUGCUGGUAUAUCAGCAAGUAUCCUGAGUAAAUCUGCUGUCUUUCCACUGGAUACGGUGAGAAAGCGGCUGCAGAUCCAGGGACCUACGCGAGGGAAGUACAUCGGUGGAUCAAGGAUGCCUGCUUAUGAGAGAGGCGUGGUGGGCACGAUCAGUAUGAUUAUGAGGAAGGAGGGGUGGCGGGGAUUGUAUCGGGGAUUGAGUGUCAGCUUGAUCAAGGCGGCGCCGGCGAGUGCGGUGACGAUGUGGACUUAUGAGCAAGCCUUGCAUCUCUUGCAAAGUAUGGAUGAGGAGCGGGAAGUAUCUUGA